AUGUCCUAUCGCGGCUACGGUGGAAGCUACCGUGGCGGAAGAGGUGGAAGGGGUGGAAGAGGUGGAUCUCACUGGCAGAGACCGGCAUAUGAGCAGGAGACGUUUCGCGCCCCCGCCGAGGCCCCCUCUGCCGCACCUUACGCCGAGUUGAGGAAUUACCUCAACUCCGUGGAGGGCAUGAACUACGGGGAGCUGAAGUCCUUGACAAAUGCCUCCUUUGCUCUUUCGGAGACGGUGCGAUGCACUUUUUUGGCGAUUCAGUCCGACCCCUUUGCCCCUGGCAGCCAGGUGCGCGUGUCCUGCCCUUGCCCGUUUCAGCUGGAGAAGGUGCUGCAGGGCUCUGAUUUGGAGUCCUGCGUGCCGUGUCGCCGUGUCGCGGCGGAGGACUACAUUCUGCGCUGCUUCCACGAGGGACACCGUCGCGGGGUUGCGCGGUACCACAGCGGGGCGCUGCAGGUGAUGCGGCCCUCGCAGCACGUGCUGGAGCGCAGCACGGUGACGCUUGUGCGUGGGGACCGGGGCAGAGGCGGGGGGGUGGAGGUGAACUUGUUUGCGCGGGUGAAGCUGCCGGGCCACGGCCGCCGCAUUGACGGCCGUGGGGCGAUUAACAUUAUCUACGACGAGCUCCUCCCGAUCAUGGAGCGCUGCGUCGUGGGCCUGGACGAGGAGCGCCUCUAUCAGCACGUCACCUGCGUGCACGACCAGGAGCAUCUUCGCGGCGAGUUGCGCGCCGCCGGGUGUGUGGCGUUUGUCGCCAACGGCGCGGUGCUGCCGCGCGUGUCGGGGGAGUCGGACCGGCCGCUUGAGAAGGGCGCGGUGCCGUUUUUCUCGCCGCCGACGCUGGAGCGCACCUUUCGGCUGCCGCACAGCGGGGCGAGUGUGACGGGCAUGGGCCUCCCGCACGGACUCACCCUCAUCGCGGGCGGCGGGUUUCACGGCAAGUCCACGCUCCUGCGGGCGCUGGAGGUGGGGGUGUACAAUCACGUGCCGGACGACGGCAGAGUUUACGUCGUCGUGGACCCCACGGCGGUGAAGAUUCGUGCCGAGGAUCGACGCUCCAUCAACGGUGUCGACAUCUCGCCGUUUAUUAACAAUCUUCCGCUGCAGAAGCCCACGACGUCGUUUGCCACCUCCGACGCCAGCGGCAGCACCAGCCAGGCCGCGAACAUCAUCGAGGCGCUGGAGCUGGGCUCCCGGCUGCUGCUGCUGGACGAGGACACCUGCGCCACCAACCUGAUGUACCGCGACGACCUGAUGCAGCGGCUUGUGCCACGCGAGCAGGAGCCCAUCACCCCCUUUGUGGAGCGCGUCACGGACCUCAUCCAGAACCACGGGGUGUCGGCGGUGAUGGUGAUUGGGGGGUCCGGGCAGUACUUUCCGCACGCCACCGUGACGUUGGUCAUGAAUUCCUACAAGGCAUACGAUUGCACCGCGCGUGCGCGUGAAAUUGCCUCCACGUGCAUGCCGCCUGUGCCGCCACUUGAGAAGGACAGUUCUGCCUUUGCCUCACCCAUGCAGCGCCGCUUUGACGGGAACGGAACGUUCUGCACCGUGCACUGCCGCAAGGGACGCGACAGCAUAAAAGUCAGCGGCGUCGGCCUCGACACCAUCCGCUUCGCCGAGGAAAACAUUGACCUCUCGCUGGUUGAGCAAGUUGUGGAGGAGGGGCAGGUGAACGCCAUCGCCCAGUGCCUCGCCAUGCUGUACGACGGUGACGACGCCGGCGUCGAGGCGAUGCUUGCGAAGGGUAAAUCGUUGCAGACGCUUUACUCCCCCGCCGGCGGCAGCGAGCCGCGCAGCGUGCCCUUCUACUCGGACUUCUCUACGCUAAUUGAGGGCUGCGACGCCACGCUGCGUGAGGCGCGGCUGGAGGCGCGAACGCCAUCGUGCUACCUGCCGCGUGGCUUCACCUCCGCGGUGCGGCGGUUUGAGAUUGGGGCGGCGCUCAACCGCCUCCGCACCCUUCGCACCCUCGCGACAAGCAUGAAGUGA